GGAAAAGUGUAGGAGUCCAGAAACUUCACUCAUGUAAAUAACGGCAAUUAGAAAGCUGUGUGGUACGCUCUGAGCAGCGACACGCAUCGCAUAGCUAUUAAAUAUAUUUAUCAGCUUUCCUACCUUUUUCGCUAUGCCUCGGAAAAAGCCAUUUAGCAACAAACAGAAGAAAAAACAGCUGCAAGUCAAACGGGAGCGAAAGAGAGGUGACACGGGUUCUGGUCCAAGCAGCCGCAAUGCAAGUGUGGAGCGAGGAGGAGAGCGUCAGUCAGACACCUCCGAUAGCGAGACCACCGAUAUCAGAAGAAUAAAUCAGCAGCCCUUUGGCAGAGAUGGCAGAUAUGAUCCAAACAGGUUUCGACUUCAGUUUGAGAAAGAGAGUAAAGAGGAGGUGGAAAGGAGGAAGAAACUGGCCAUGGAGACGGUGCUGAAACCAGUGUCAGAUAAAGAACUUGAAGUCAACAUAAAUGAAAUCUAUCCUUCAGAGAAAGGUCUCUGCUUCCCACGACGACCAUCUUGGACUUAUGAGAUGACGCGAGAGAGCCUGCUGAGGAAAGAGGAGAAGUCCUACAGAGACUACCUGGAAGACCUGCACUCCAGAAACCCACCCGGGUCUCUGAGCCACUUUGAGCACAAUCUGGAGACAUGGAGACAGCUAUGGAGAGUUUUGGAAAUGUCUGAUGUCAUCCUUCUUAUUGUUGAUAUAAGGCACCCGGUGCUGCAGUUUUCUCCAGAUCUGUACCAUUACAUCACAGCAGAUCUACAUAAGCAGGUGAUCCUGGUGUUGAACAAAACCGACCUUUGUCCUCCUCCACUGGUGAUCGCCUGGAAACACUACAUGACCUCGCAGUUUCCUCACCUGGAAAUCGUGUGCUUCACAUCCCAUCCUGGACAAUCUUACAACACAGUGCUGCAGAAGAAGAGAAUGAGAAAGAAGGCUGACUGGAGUCAGGCUGGAGGUCUUAUAGAUAUCUAUAAAGCUUGCCAAGAGAUCACAGCCGGAAAAGUUGACCUGUCCAGCUGGGAGCAGAAGAUUCAUAGGGAUGCUGUUGCAGAGCGACUGGAGCUGCACAAUGAAGGAGCUGAGUCGGUAUUAGUGGAACAUCAAAGUGACAGUGCUUUGGAAAUGAGCAAUCAGGAGCUCUACAAAGACGGAGUUCUCACAUUGGGCUGUAUAGGUUUUCCUAAUGUUGGUAAAUCAUCUAUAAUAAACAGCCUAGUUGGGAGGAAGGUUGUGAGCGUGUCUCGAACGCCAGGUCACACCAAAUACUUCCAAACCUACUACCUCACCCCGACAGUCAAACUCUGCGACUGCCCUGGCCUCGUCUUCCCCUCCCGUGUCAACAAGCAACUACAGAUUCUAGCAGGCAUUUACCCGGUAGCCCAGCUGCAAGAGCCCUACACUUCAGUCGGUUAUUUGUGCGAGAGGACUCCUUUCCUUUCUGUGCUGAAGCUCAAACACCCCAGUUUGCAAGAGAGAAAGCCCCACCAGGGACAGCAGGGUACGGCAGAGCCUAGCUGGACUGCCUGGGAUAUUUGUGAAGCUUGGGCAGAGAGGAGAGGCUAUAAGACGGCAAAAGCAGCUCGCAACGACGUUUAUCGUGCAGCAAAUAGUCUACUAAGGUUGGCGAUUGAUGGCAGACUGUGUCUCUGUCUGAGGCCGCCUGGCUACAGCUGCCUUAAAGAGAACUGGGAAAAUCAUCCGGACUUGCCUGACAUUAUGGCUCUACAAGGAAGGGCAGCAGAGGAGGAAGGAAGUGCAGAACGUGAAGAUGAGGAGGACGGAGAAUCCAGCUCCGAGCCCGAGGAGGAGAGAGACAGGGAUGCUGAUGACGAUGAGGACGGCGAUGAUGAAGAUGAGGGGUUUGGACAUCAGGGACAGAAUGAUGACAAGCCAUCAGGCUUCACUGUCAACAUGUACAAUGUGCUGCGGGAAAAUGACUGUGAGUGAAAUAAAAGAAAGGAAAGCAGAAAAAUCUUUCCCUCCGCUUCAGGGCACUUUUCAUUCCUUCUUCCUGUUAACGCGGCAUUCCCUCGCAGUUUUUGUUGUAUUUCCCCUCAUAUGAUUCUCCUUUGCACAUUAACAAAACCUGCUUUCUUUCUUUCUUUCUUUCUUUCAUUUUCGCUCCCAUAUUAGAGCAUAUUCAUGUAUUCCAUGCUUUGCCUCCGCGCUGCUCGUUCGCCCUGGCAGCUCCAUCUUCACUGUUGCUUUCAGGAGCAGCUUCAUUUGAUCUUUUUCAUUUUGCAUGGAGUUCUCAAAGACAAAUGAGCAAAAUAAAUUCCCUGAGCCUGGAGUCGUCGGCCAAGCUGGAUUUCAGUCUUUUCAUCAGUAAGUGACCUCGUAGCUGCAUUGCCAAAGUUCAGAAAAGAUGACGAAAUAAUUCAGACACUCCGUUAAUAUGAAAUCAGUCGCUGGAGCAGCUUAUUUGGCUCAAGCAGAGGCAACAGAUUUAAGGAUUGUAAAUCUUCUUGGAGCAUAACAUUUGGUUGAUGGGCGUGGGAAUAAAAAUUGGAGAUGCUAACCCACAAGACCGGACGGGAUAAAACCAACUCUUUACAGUUAGAUGUCUUGCAACCCUGUCAGCAGAUCAGUCAUCUGAACAGGGCUUUGGUUUAUAUGACAGAGAAUGUGAAAGUAACUGCGGAUUGUGUUGAAACUUCAAAGUAUUUCUGGACUGGGGGAGAAAACGGUCGACUUACGUUGUGCCAGAGGAAGCUGCUCCAGGAAUUAAACAUGUAGUGUUUUAACUACUGCAAAUUUCCUUUAGAUGCCGACAGACAUUUUCAGGAUUUAGUGCAUGCUGAGUGAAACUGAGUGAGUGUCUGAUUUAAAAAUGUGUUAUGAAGAGAUACUUGGGCAUCUUUAUUGCUUUCUUGACCAGAAGUGUUCCUAUUGUUCAUCUCAGAGACUGGAGACAGCCUUAUGUUAUCAAAUACUAAAAAACAGACUGUACCUAUAUAAAAUUUACCAGAAAAUCUAGUUUUUUACAUCUGCAGUAAAGUUUAUGUCAUACUUUAUUACACGUCCACCUGCUGGAGUGAAUUCUCCAGCUCUUCUUGUUCUGUCAGUUUCAAAUGUGUCUCUUCGGCUGCUAGCUGCUGUGUCAGCGUUCACACCAUGAACGUGAGUGGACAUUUAUUGAGAUAUAAAUUAUUUCUUUAGCUACACAGACAUAGAAACGGAUCACUACACACUCCAGUUCGUCCAUCGUAAAUGACACCUUUUGUCUGACAUUAUUUAUGAGACAUGUUGAUCAGUCUAGUUUUCUCUUUAUUUUCGAUGUUUCAUGGCCCUGCUUGUGUUCGCUGCCGUGAACUCAUUCACAUGUUCACACGCUGCGGUGUUGCUGUGCAGUUCAUCAAAAAGCAGCCAUAUUUGUUUUUUUUUUUUAUUUGGUACCAUGAGCAGGGUUCUUAAGAGUAUAAAGUUUGAUUUUAGUAUUUUUGUGGUCUGAAUGAGUAGGGUCAUUUCAAUUUUCAGACUUUAUUCCCUAUCCUACUGUCUAAAUAUUGUCUUUCCUUCCUUGUGUCCCACUUUAUCAUUUUCUUACUUGUGUCCUUCCUUUCCACCUUCCUACCAUCUUUUUUCCUUUAAGCCUUACUUUUUUCCCUCAUAGUGUCAUUAUUGUCUUUCCUCUUCCUUAUUCCCUUCCCGCCCUCCAUUUAUUCUAUAUUUAAAGCCUGAUCACUGUAGAAAAAUCUGCCGUAGAUUCUCGGCCUGGAAGACUGAAAUGCUUGGCGUGAAAAGUAUUUGAUUUUGACAUAAAAACUGUGAGAUCUCUGAAUGAAAACUGAUGCUUAAGACUACAGUUCUGUUUGAAAUAGAUUGGUUUUAGUUAUGGUUUUGUAGAUCUUUCGGUUUCUUAAAAAACAUGAAACACGUCUGGAGAAUGUGCUGUGAGAAUAAAGGAAAGGCUCAAGGUGUAUUGAGGCUUUUUUCUGCAUUCCUCAUUUUAUUCCUAGUACGUCUUAUGACUGGACUGCUUUCUGCAAUUAAAGAAGAAAAGCUUUAAAAACCA